AAGUGGUCCAAGGGUAAGGUCCAGGACAAGGCCAACAACGCCGUGAUCUUCGACGCUGCCACCCUCGCCAAGCUGGAGAAGGAGGUCCCCGCCUACAAGCUGAUCACCCCGUCGGUUCUUGUCGACCGUCUGCGCAUCAACGGCUCGCUUGCCCGCCGUGCUCUGCGCGAGCUCGAGACCCGCGGUUCCAUCCGCCUGAUCUCUGCUCACAACUCGCAGCUGAUCUACACCCGCGCUACCGCUGCUGUUGCCACUGAGGCCUAA